CAUUAACAGAAACUAGAGGGGGACCUGUGUUUUUUUUUUUUUUUUUGUCCGCGAAAUUACUAAAUUAGCGCAGUCUGUGGAUCCCAAAUCCAACCCUCCCCAGCUUUGCUCUUGCUUACACUUUACCACCACCCAAUUAGGGUUUCUUCGCGCCCAAAUCAGGGUAACGUGGGGUGGGGGUGGAGUGUCGAGAUGACGAUGAAUGAGCGGAAGACCAUUGAUUUGGAUCAAGGAUGGGAGUUUAUGCAGAAGGGGAUCACAAAGCUCAAAAACAUUCUAGAAGGAUUGCCGGAGCCUCAGUUCAGCUCCGAGGACUACAUGAUGCUCUACACAACGAUAUAUAAUAUGUGCACUCAGAAGCCGCCGCAUGACUAUUCGCAACAGCUCUACGACAAGUACAAGGAGUCUUUCGAAGAGUACAUUAGUUCCAUGGUUUUGCCAUCUUUGCGAGAGAAGCAUGAUGAGUUCAUGCUAAGAGAGCUGGUGAAAAGGUGGGCAAACCAUAAGAUCAUGGUUAGGUGGCUCUCCCGUUUCUUUCACUAUCUUGAUCGCUACUUUAUAGCUCGGAGGUCACUUCCACCCCUGAAUGAAGUUGGACUUACUUGCUUUCGAGAUCUUGUCUACCAAGAAUUAAAUGCGAAAGUGAGAGAUGCUGUAAUCUCUCUGAUUGAUCAAGAACGGGAAGGAGAACAGAUUGACAGAGCUCUGUUGAAAAAUGUGCUGGAUAUAUUUGUUGAGAUUGGCAUGGGGCAAAUGGACCACUAUGACAAUGACUUUGAGGCAGCGAUGCUUAAAGACACUGCCGCCUAUUAUUCUCGGAAAGCUUCCAAUUGGAUCUUAGAAGAUUCUUGUCCAGAUUAUAUGCUAAAGGCAGAGGAAUGUUUAAGGAGGGAGAAAGAUAGAGUUGCUCAUUACUUACACUCCAGUAGUGAGCCUAAGCUACUUGAGAAAGUUCAACAUGAGCUAUUGUCUGUAUAUGCAACUCAGCUUCUGGAGAAAGAGCACUCUGGAUGCCAUGCACUGCUUCGAGAUGAUAAGGUGGAUGAUUUGUCUAGAAUGUUCAGGCUCUUUUCUAAGAUACCUCGAGGAUUGGAUCCAGUUUCAAGUAUAUUCAAGCAGCAUGUUACUGCUGAAGGAACAGCCUUAGUCAAACAAGCUGAAGAUGCAGCAAGCAACAAGAAGGCAGAUAAAAAGGAUGUGGUUGGUCUGCAGGAGCAGGUUUUCGUUAGAAAAGUGAUUGAGCUUCAUGACAAGUACCUAGCAUAUGUCAAUGAUUGUUUCCAAAACCAUACCCUUUUCCACAAGGCUCUCAAGGAGGCCUUUGAGAUCUUCUGCAACAAGGGUGUUGCUGGAAGCUCUAGUGCAGAACUACUUGCUACUUUCUGUGAUAACAUUCUUAAGAAAGGUGGUAGUGAGAAAUUGAGUGACGAAGCCAUUGAGGACACACUCGAGAAGGUAGUAAAGCUGCUGGCUUAUAUUAGUGACAAAGACCUUUUUGCUGAAUUCUACAGGAAAAAGCUUGCUCGACGUCUUCUUUUUGACAAAAGUGCUAAUGAUGACCAUGAGAGAUGUAUAUUGACAAAAUUGAAGCAACAAUGUGGUGGUCAGUUCACCUCAAAGAUGGAGGGGAUGGUUACAGAUUUGACGUUAGCAAAGGAGAACCAGACCAACUUUGAGGAAUACCUCAAAAAUAAUUCGCAGGCAAAUCCUGGGAUUGAUUUAACAGUUACUGUGUUGACUACCGGCUUCUGGCCAAGCUACAAGUCUUUUGACCUCAACCUUCCAGCUGAGCUGGUUAAGUGUGUUGAGGUUUUCAAGGAAUUCUAUCAAACGAAGACAAAACAUAGAAAGCUUACGUGGAUGUAUUCUCUGGGUACUUGUAACAUAAGUGGGAAAUUUGAACCAAAAACCAUAGAGCUUAUCGUCACGACAUAUCAGGCUGCAGCUCUGCUGCUAUUCAAUACCUCAGAUCGAUUGAGUUACUCGGAGAUCAUGACUCAAUUAAAUUUGACUGAUGAUGAUGUUGUUAGACUGCUCCACUCCUUGUCAUGUGCCAAGUACAAGAUCCUUAACAAGGAGCCAAACACAAAAACCAUCUCGCCUACUGAUUUCUUUGAAUUUAACUCGAAGUUUACUGACAAAAUGAGGAGGAUCAAGAUUCCUCUUCCACCUGUGGAUGAGAAGAAAAAGGUAAUCGAAGAUGUAGACAAGGACAGACGGUAUGCCAUUGAUGCUUCUAUUGUGCGUAUCAUGAAGAGCCGUAAAGUUUUGGGACAUCAGCAGUUGGUAAUGGAGUGUGUGGAGCAGCUUGGUCGCAUGUUCAAGCCGGAUUUCAAAGCAAUAAAAAAGAGGAUUGAAGAUUUAAUCACAAGAGACUACUUGGAAAGGGAUAAAGAGAACCCCAAUAUGUUUAGGUACUUGGCCUGAUGUGUUUUAUCUUCAAAUGACAUUGUACCUAUUGCUUCUGUAAUUAGCACAGCAAGCAGGUCAGGUGGGUGGAAGAAAUGGCCCAAUCACUUGUAAAUUUCAAUGCGUCUGUGACUGAAGUGAUUGCCUAAAGGAGCUGAGAGAGAAUGCUUUGUACAUUUUGCACUUGGAGCCAGGUAUGGAUGGCUAGACCACCCUUGGCGAUGAAAUUUGUAUCGACUUCAUAUUAUCCUCCCAUGCACCAUGACUGCUUUAUAUCUUUGUUUAAUUAACGCAUUCCUCAGUCUUGACUACUUCA